AUGAGUGAACAAAUACUUUUCGACAAUUUCCCUUUAACGUUUCUAAACAAGGAUGCGAGUGAAGAUUAUGAAGACAAGAAUGAGAAGACGUAUCGCGAAAAAAUAAAGAACAUUAUAGAGGAUUUGAAAUCGUUACGUAUAGAAAUAAAUGAAAAGUAUUCAAUAAGAAGUAUGCUAGAGGAGAAAUUAACUUUAUUACAAAAAGAAGAACAAACAAAAGAGAACAAUAUGAAAUACAUAAUGAACUUCAGUGAACAUAAUAUAUACGAAAGAGAAGUUUUAAAUUAUCAGAAAAAUAUUGCACAUUUAAAAAAACAAAUACAAACAAGUAAUAGCAAAAUCAAAUUAUUACUAGAAAAAGAAUUUAAAGUAAGAAAGCAGCUACAAAUAAAUUAUAUGAAUUUAUAUGAUAUAUUAAAUGAAAGAAUUGAAUAUAUUGUUGAGAAUUAUGUAAAACAUAGAAAAUGCUCAUGUGCAAUAUAUGCUUACAAGCAAGAGAAAAAGGAAGAAUAA